CCCGGGCCGGCCGCGCGGGCGGAGGGCAGCACUCCCCCCGGCCAGCUGCGCGCCGCCCCCGGGGGGCGGCGGUGAGAGACCUGCCCGGUGCCCCGGUAGUUUUUUUACUCCCCCUUCUCCUCUCCGCUGCUGUUCCCCGCGCGCCGCAGAGACCCCCGCUCCGCGGGCGGGCCAUGGGUGGCGGCGGUGCGACCGACCCGGCGGGCGCGCACUGAGGGCGACCGUAGCGCUUCGUCGUCGGGGCGCGUCCGCACCAUGUCGGCCGUCGCCUACGUGGACUUUGUGGCGGCACAGUGCUUGGUCUCCAUCUCCAACCGCUCCGCCGUUCCCGAGGGAGCGCGGCUGAAGGUACCGGACGAGGGGGAGGCGGCCCGAGAGCUGCGCGACCCCCGUGACGCCUGGAAGGACUACUGCGCCCUGCUGGCCAUCGCCAAGAGCCUACUGGAGCUGAACAAGUACCGGCCGCUUCCCGCCCCCUCCGUCUGCAGCGACAGCGUGGAGAGCCCCGACGAGGACGCGGGCUCCGACAGCGACGCGGCCACCGAGCCGAGCUCCAGCCCGCCUCGGAGCCCGCCGCCAGGGCCGCCCCCCCACCUUCGCGCCGCCGGGGCCGCCCCCAAGGGGAAGCUGGCGGCCGAGAAACGGCAUAAGUGCCCCUACAACGGCUGCGGCAAGGUCUACGGCAAGUCCUCCCACCUCAAGGCGCACUACCGGGUGCACACAGGCGAGCGACCGUUCCCCUGCACAUGGCCUGACUGCCUUAAAAAGUUCUCCCGAUCCGACGAGCUCACCCGGCACUACCGAACCCACACCGGUGAGAAGCAAUUUCGAUGCCCCCUCUGUGAGAAGCGGUUCAUGCGGAGCGACCACCUGACUAAGCAUGCCCGCCGUCACACCGAGUUUCACCCCAGCAUGAUCAAGCGUUCCAAAAAGUCUAGCUCCAGCAGCUCCUUGUGAACACAGGGCUGGCCUGGGGAGAGGAGCUGAGGGGACGGUGAGCCGCGGCAAGGAUGCAGGCAGUGGCACUGGCACGCAAGCACUGCUGUGGCACCGGCUGCCUUGCCAUGUGAGAGCACAUGUAGCUAACAUUCACACACACACAAAAAAAGAGUACCCCAUGCCCUGCUGCCCAUCCUCUACCUCCCCACACUGCACUGGGAAUGGUAGUCUGGAGCAAGUGGGCUGCAGGGUGAGACAAGAAAAGGGGACAGCCAGCAGCAAAGGCAACCAUCUCCUCUAAGGUAAAGCAUCAAUGCUGGUGUACAUAUGUCUGAUUGAACGGUCUGGCCUGUGCCACCACAGUAGCGUGACCCCAAGGUCUUUGUGAUUGCUGUGUCAUGAACAUGUUUUGUUGAACAGUGUAAUGCUGCUUGUAUUUAGAGUCUGCCAAGCAAAACUGCUUUCCAAGUCACAUAAAUAACUCAGAUUAAAUCUCUGUAGCACAUUGUAGAAGUGUGUUUACUUCUGUCUCAGAACUAUCCUACGUUUAAAGAGACUGUUAAGAGAAACAUUACAUGAAUUACUAAUAGCAUUUGAUUGAUACACUGAGGUAAGAUGGAUUUAUACUCAAGAAGGCCCAUUCAAGUAAGUGGGUCUUUUAAAUUUUUCUUUGUAUUAAUGAUACUUUUGCAUAUAAGCUGCACUUUUCCAGUGAAAACAUGUAUAAUUCAAGAUACUUAAAGCAAAAAAACUCAACCCAACAAACAACCUGCAACAGCUUGGUUGAUUUCCAGUCAUAUGUGUAUUUAGCUGUUACUCACUUACCUGGAAAAACACAAGUCAGUUUAGCUAAUGUGGUGGGGACACGGAAGCAGAAACCUGUGUCUCAUGAGUUGAUCCUAUACUUUUGUCAAUAAAUACAGUACUGUACUAUAGAAAUGCCACUAAUAGUGCUUUAUUCUGCUGUGUUUUGUUUGAAUGGAUUCAUAACGGCAGCUACCAUCUUUAUAAGCUGCUUCUUUUAAUGGCUUUUUCUCUUCCUACACUUGCCUUAAAGAUUUAUUCUCUUCAUACCCUUGCCUCACUCCUGUGGAGUCCCAUGGGAGUUGUGUGUGUAUUUAUGGAGAGAGUAGACCUUUCCUUAAGAGCACUCUGCUAAUUGAAACAGCUGAAAUUAUUGUAAGGAGCACUUCAGAAGGUCUCCUGUAUCUUUUGAUUGCUGUUUCUGUAGAGUAUGGGGGGAAAACCACGUGCUAAUUGGAAAUACAGCAUGGAAAAUGUGUUGUAGUGGCCCUUACAGCAUAGCUUCGCUUGGUAUUCUGCGUUGCACCGUGUCAUGCAUGGCAUGCUGAACACUGAUAAAGGCAAUAUUAAUUUUAAAGCUGUUUUUUGUUCUUUAACAAGGUGCAAAAAGAUCACUGAGUAAUGUUCAUUGGCUGGGUAUUUUUUUUAGACAUUAAAAGCAUGAACUGUAGGAGGUUAUCAGUGAUUCUUCUUUCCCCUCCCCAGCUACACAUAGGGGAGAUAAUUCUGUUUACACAUUAUUACUAUUUUUUUUUCCAGAAACAGUAUUCUCCUGUUACGUUUUACCCCUUUCUCCAGAAGUGGAAGGGGAGGUGCAGCCCUAUAACAGAGACUUGGGGCUAAAUUCAUCUUGUGAGCAAUCACACUGAAACCCAAAAUGUUUCCACUGGAGAUGAAUUUAGGUCAUUUGUAAAAUUCUGUACAUAAAAAAUACUGUUAGUACACCUGCAAUUGCAAUGUCAUCUUGUUUUACCUGAUAAAAAGCUUGCUUCCUAGAAACAAACAUUAAAAAAACCCAAGAACUCAGAGAA